AUGUCCCAACACGCGCGAAACCAGGAGCUCUCCUGGGCCAAACCCCUCUCCGUCGACCUCUUCCUCAAAGUCCUCAACGUCACAUUCCUACAUCCAUUCGUGGCAUGGAUGCUUCCACUGUGUAUGCGUGCGCAGGCCAUGCGAUGGGCGCAUCCAGCUAUGCAAAUUGCCAUCGGGUACGCGUCCUUGUUGACCGCGCUCUUUUUCUUGGACGUCCUCAACAAGCAAAUCGCAUACUCGAAGCCACGCAGGCUGGACUUGAGCGAAGAGGUGAUCGUGAUUACCGGAGGCGCGAGUGGCCUGGGUCUCUUGAUCGCAGAGGUGUAUGGCAUGAGAGGAGCUACGGUAGCUGUUCUGGAUGUGAAGGACCUUGAAUCGGGAGAAGCCCGAGGAGUAUCUGUGUAUAAAUGUGAUGUGGGAAACAAGGAACAGCUUGCGAAGGUAGCAGUGGAGAUUGAGAGAGAUCUUGGUACUCCAACCAUCCUGAUCAACAACGCUGCUAUUGUCAAUGGCAAACCCCUCCUCGACAUGGAGAUCGAAGACAUCGAGCGCAGUUUCCGUGUGAACCUCCUGUCCCACUUCUACACCUUGAAGACAUUCCUCCCUGGCAUGGUUAGGUCUGGACACGGCACAAUCGUCACUAUGUCCAGUGUCCUUGGCCAAAUAGGUGCUGCUAAUCUCAGCGAUUAUGCUGCCGCGAAAGCUGGCCUUACAGCGAUGCAUAGGUCCUUGACCGCGGAGCUCAAGUCAACACCAGAUAUAAAGACUAUAUUGGUGUCACCUGGACAAUUGACAACACCUCUGUUCAACGGCGUCAGGACGCCGUCGUCAUUCUUCGCCCCCGAGUUAGAGCCUGUUGAUGUUGCGAAGGAGGUCAUUAGCGCGAUUGAUGCGGGUAGCAGCGCGGAGCUGGCUUUGCCAUUGUAUGCUAGGUGGGUUGGUUGGAUGAAUGUGAUGCCCGUCGGCGUGCAGACUAUCCUAAGGAAGCUGAGUGGUGUUGAUAGCGCCAUGAAGACCUUUGUUGGGAGAAGUGGUGGAGAAAAGAAGGGAGCUUUAUAA